UCUCCAUAAUUCUUCGUCUACAUCUCUCUCUUUCAUUUAUAUAUACAUAUAAAUAUCAUUCCUCUGUUUUUAUCUAUCGACCAUAUAAGUUUGGAAAAAAUGAGUUUGUUAUCUACAAAAGCCGCAUGCAAUACUCAUGGCCAAGAUUCUUCCUACUUCUUAGGAUGGGAAGAGUAUGAGAAAAACCCUUAUGAUGAAAUUCGAAAUCCAAAGGGAAUUAUCCAGAUGGGUCUUGCAGAAAAUCAGCUUUCAUUCGACCUUCUAGAAUCAUGGCUUGCAAAGAACCCAGACGCAGCUGGAUUCAAGAGAGAUGGUCAAUCCAUUUUCAGAGAACUUGCUCUGUUCCAAGAUUAUCAUGGACUCCCUGCAUUCAAGAAAGCAAUGGUUGAUUUCAUGUCUGAAAUUAGAGGAAACAAAGUAACGUUUGACCCGAACCACCUAGUCCUAACCGCUGGUGCAACCUCGGCUAAUGAGACACUCAUGUUCUGUCUCGCUGAACCCGGCGAUGCCUUCCUUCUCCCAACUCCAUACUACCCUGGAUUUGAUAGGGAUCUUAAAUGGAGAACCGGAGUUGAGAUAGUACCUAUUCAGUGCACAAGCUCAAAUGGCUUCCAAAUCACUGAAGAUGCUUUGGAAAAAGCCUACCAAGAUGCUCAAUGUCGUAAUUUAAGGGUCAAAGGUGUUUUGAUCACCAACCCAUCCAAUCCCUUAGGCACCACAACAACACUAAACGAGAUGAACCUUCUCCUUAACUUCAUUGAAGAGAAAGAAAUUCACCUUAUCAGUGACGAAAUUUACUCCGGGACAGUUUUUAACAACCCGGGCUUCGUAAGCGUCAUGGAAGUUCUCAAGGACAGAAAAAAUGACCAAGUUCGCGAGCGAGUUCAUGUCGUUUACAGCCUCUCCAAAGAUCUGGGUCUUCCCGGAUUUCGCAUUGGAGCAAUCUACUCCAACGACGAGAUGGUCGUAGCCGCAGCUACAAAAAUGUCGAGCUUCGGUUUGGUCUCUUCUCAGACCCAAUACUUGCUCUCGGCUAUGUUGUCCGACAAAAAAUUUACCAAAAAAUACAUUUCCGAAAACCAGAAGAGACUUAAGAAACGACAUGAAAAGCUUGUCGUUGGUCUUCAGAAAAACGGAAUCAGCUGCCUUAAAAGUAAUGCCGGGUUGUUCUGUUGGGUUGACAUGAGACACCUUCUCAAGUCUAACACUUUCGAAGCUGAAAUAGAUCUUUGGAAGAAGAUUGUUUACGAUGUGAAACUUAAUAUCUCCCCUGGUUCUUCGUGUCAUUGUACCGAACCAGGUUGGUUCCGAGUUUGCUUCGCCAACAUGUCCGAGGACACAUUGGAGCUCGCAAUGCAAAGGUUGAAAGCUUUUGUGACCGAGUUCAACCGCAGCAACAACAAUAGCCUCUCAGUUUCAACUAAGAACUCAAGAAGAAAGUCAAUCACCAAGUGGGUUUUCCGGCUAUCAUUCGACGGUACCGAACGGGAACCUGAACAACGAUAGCCUGGUAUGGAUAUAUAUCAAUUAUUUCACACAUACACCAAUAAUUGAUAUCAUCCCACCACUUGAUGAUGAGGACGAGGAUGAUGAUGAUGAUGAUUAUUAUUACUACUAUUAUUCUUUGUUUAGUUUUUGCCAAAAAAAAAUUACAUUGGUUCAUGGCAUGGUGAGAUAAUCCUUAUUAAUUUCUUCUUUUGUAAGUUUAGCAAAUCAUUAGAUAUUGUAGAGCACUCUAUCCUUCAUGCGGAUUAGAAGUGAAUUUAAUUAGAAUCA